AUGUCUAGCGUUCUUUCCGCCGCCCAGCCGCAACUUGGUUCAGCAUACUCCUCAGCCUACAACAGUGUUGAAGGUGGUUCGUUCGGAGCCAGGAUACUCUGCAGGGCCGAAAUCAGCUCUCGAAACACCGCGAAGCGGUCCAUGCCCUACAAUUUUGGAUUAUCUACGCCACCAGAGGAUAUGACAGGUAUUGCUGUAAAGCAAUCUGUCUCAUCAUCCAACUAUGGACCAAAAACAUAUGGCAUACCUUCGUCUUACUCGAAUUCAGCCUCUGAGAGAUCUAAUAUCCAUCUGGUGACGGAAGGAAUGGCCAGAAUCUCCGCUUCUGUACGAGAGCAGCAACCUCCGUCCCUCACUAGCCAGGUACCAGAGACCCAUACGAAGGAGAGUUCCCGGAACUCGAUAGCGACGUAUCUGCAAAUCCCAGCAUCCAUAAAUCCCAGCAAGGGAAGUCUAGCGGAAUUUGCUGCUCAGAUAACCUGUCUCUUCUGGUUCGAAAAAGCUUCGAAGCUGAAUGUUGUCUUGAACCCCUCGUCCUUAAAUUACUCUAUACCGCCGCUCAUGCCUGAAUCGACACCAACAGUAGGUUUUCGGAAAUGGGUGACUACAAUCCUCUCUACCACACAAGUCAGCCAGAAUGUCAUACUCCUGGCUCUCCUGUUCAUCUACCGGUUGAAGAAAUUUAACCCCACCGUGCGAGGAAAGCGAGGAAGUGAAUUUAGAUUGAUGACAAUAGCAUUAAUGAUGGCGAAUAAAUUUCUGGAUGACAAUACUUACACGAAUAAGACGUGGGCCGAAGUAUCAGGUAUCUCGGCCCAGGAAAUUCAUAUUAUGGAGGUUGAGUUCCUGAGUAAUGUGCGAUAUAAUCUAUUCGUUACCAAAAAUGAGUGGGAUCAAUGGCAUACGAAGCUUGGGAUGUUCGCAGACUAUUUCGCCCAAGCAUCUCGACUUCCCCCUGACAACGAUGUACAACCUACCACUCCGACUACGCAGCUUUCUCCCGAUCUGACUCCAAUAAGUCCAACAACAUCUCUACCUCCAGUUCGGCCCCCCAAAUUACCAUCUCCUGUGCUAGCACCAUAUGUACCUCUACAACAGCACCUCCAGAAACUCCCACCUGCUUCUGUAGCCAUACACCCAAAUUUAUCACCACACCAAUUACCCUGGACAGGAAACUCAAAUUUGGACCUCCGUCGGAAGCGAAGCUGGGAAGAACAAGAGCAUCCCGCAAAGAGAGUGUCCCGGCCAGCCAUGUCUGGUUCUGCGUCUCUUCCGCCUCUUCCAUCCCUGACAACUACCACUGCAGGCCAUUUCCCGCCUAUUACAAUGCCAUCUGUCCAGCAAUUAGGUAUGCCCGUAGCGUCCUCGAUUCCACAACUUCCACGACUCGAUUUUGCACUUGGCCAAAAUUCCGCGGGGCCUACAUAUGUGUCCCAAAAUGCAAACGCAAACGCAACUUCAAGCUCAAUUACCACCCUCCACUCAUUCCAUGGCCCCAAUAUACCCUUCUGUUAG